GGAGUAUAUAUGCACCGUAUUCUUCGGUACGACGCUUGACCUGGACGACGCCUCUAGCUAGCUAGCUAGCUAGCAAACCGACCCCAUGGCAGACGAGUGGUGGAGCUGCACGCGUGCUGCCGACGACGACGACGACGCCGGUGGCUCGCCCUGCUCCACAGCCCCGGCAACAACGGACCAGCUCGACGCUGCCGACGAGCCGGCGGCGACGAGCACUGCCUCGAUCGAUUUCCGGCGGCCAACCUCAUUAUUGCACGUCGUCCGCCACGCUGCCGUCCCGCCAUCAUCCCCCUUAAUCCUCGCCGAUCCACCCCAUCAUAUCGACGACUGGACGCAAGCCUACUUGUGCGGGAGAGCGCCGCUCGCGGCGGCGGCGGCGGCAGAGGCGAGCACAAGCCUCAGCGCGCUGCUCCAGCUCCACGGCGGCGACGCUGCUGGCCGCCACUUCCUGCUCGCCCAGCACCUCCACGGUGACGCUGCUGACAGCGCGGCGGCGCACGUGGCAGCAGCGUCGCAGAGCUCGGCCCUGUACGCCGCCGCCGGCAACCAGCCGUACUCCUCCAGCUACGGCGGCGGCGCGCCGGCGGCAGGAGCGCUGAUGGCCCAGCAGCCGCCGUUCCCUCAUCAGGACGAAUUCGAAUUCUCAUCCGCCAGCCUCUUUGUUGGCUCCUCGUCGUCGACGCGGGAUUCCGCCGGCGUGCCGGCGGCAGCGGCGCGGCGGCCCGCCGUGACGACGACGAAGCCGCUUCUCUUGCAGGCCUUGGAGCAAAAGGCUUUCGCGUUCCACUCCCAUCAUAAGGAACGUACACGACAACACGACGCUUCCUCGGCGACGACAGCAAGUGCUCCCGGCUCGCCUGCGCCGGCGAAGAAGCCCCGGGUCGUCGCGACGCCGUCUCCUUUGCCGACCUUCAAGGUGAGGAAAGAGAAGCUCGGGGACAGAAUCACUGCGCUCCAGCAGCUAGUCUCGCCUUUUGGAAAGACGGAUACUGCAUCGGUUCUUCACGAGGCCAUCGAAUACAUCAGGUUCCUGCAUGACCAAGUAGCUUCCCUGAGCUCUCCCUACCUCGGGUGUGGGCGGCCCGUAGUGCAGCAGAUACAGCAACGACGACAGGCGAAGGACGACGGCGGCGCCGCGGCGAAGGAGGACCUGCGAAGCCGAGGGCUGUGCCUUGUCCCGGUGGCGAGCACUACGACUUAUGCAGUGGCCGCUGGUGGCGAGACGGCGCCGGAGUUCUGGCUCCCUAACUUUGGGGGCACACUACGGUAGGGACAGAGACAGAGACAUGAAUAUAGUAGCGUGGACAUGGAGAUCUUGGUAGCUAGCUAGGUCUCGUAGGCAUGUAUUUGUAGCUAAUAAGGCCGUAUUCUCAUGUCUGAUGCAAAAGCAAAUGAAUAAACCUGACCAGUCGAUCACACU